CCCCGCGGCCAGGCGGCUGCUCAGCGCGGGGCUGCGGCGGGGAAGCAGGCUUGGGCCAGCCGCACCUGGCCUGGAGCACCAGAUUAGAAGAGGAGUCAUGUCAGAAGAAACAGUAAGCGAAUCACAGUUUUCCUUGAAGACAGCAGUACUAAGAGUGUUUGAUCUUCCUCUGUCUUGGUACUAUUCUCUCUCCCAGAUAAAAUUUUCACCAGUAGCAAAAAAGUUGUUUGUGGUAACUGCAGUGAGUGCUGUAUCUGUAAUUUUUCUGGCCCAUCACUUUAAAAGAAGACGUGGAAAGAAGAAAGGAAAAAUACUACCAUGGGAACCAGAGCACCUUGUACUUGAAUACACUAAAAGAGCAGCAUCAGACAAAGGUUCAAGUUGUUCCAGUAGUAGACAGAAUUUGACAUUAUCUUUAAGUUCUGCCAAAGACAAAGGAUCUCAGUCUUGUAACUAUGCUAAUGGAGGACUUUUCAGUAAAUACUCAGGUUCUGCACAGAGUUUAGCCUCCGUCCAGAGUGUCAAUUCUUGUCAUAGCUGUGCUUGCGGCAAUUCUAACUCCUGGGACAAAGCAGAUGAAGAUGAUAUUAAACUUGUUAAUAUUCCUGUGACCACUCCUGAGAACUUAUACUUGAUGGGUAUGGAGUUGUUUGAAGAGGCAUUGCGUCGAUGGGAGCAGGCUCUCACCUUUCGAAAUAGACAGGCUGAGGAUGAAGCCUGUAGUUCCAUUAAAUUGGGUGCAGGAGAUGCCAUUGCCGAAGAAAGUAUAGAUGAUAUUAUUAGUACUGAAUUUAUCCAUAAACUUGAAGCUCUGCUGCAAAGAGCAUAUCGUCUCCAAGAGGAGUUUGAAGCUACCCUGGGGGCAUCUGAUUCUAAUUCCCUUGUUAAUGAUAUCGAUAAAAAUACAGAUACCACCAUGAAGGGGAGUAUGGAUGAAUUUGGCCUGCGAGACUCCUUGAGUGUUGCAUCAACUGAUUCCUUUGCUUCAGCAACAGAGCUUGCAGAACACAGAGAAGGACGACAUGCUUACAGUCUAGAGUCUCUCUGCCACUGCCCUUUUUAUGAAGAAGCCAUGCAUUUAGUUGAAGAAGGGAAAAUUUACUCAAGAGUGCUUAGAACUGAAAUGUUGGAGUGCCUAGGAGACAGUGAUUUUCUUGCCAAACUUCACUGUAUUCGACAGGCUUUUCAGGUAAUACUUUCAGAAACAGCCAACAGGAUAUUCCUUGCUGAGAGUGGAAGGAAAAUUUUAUCAGCAUUAAUUGUGAAAGCACGAAAGAAUCCAAAGAAGUUUGAAGAUGUUUUUGAUGAAAUGAUCUAUUUUUUAGAGCAAACUGAUCACUGGGAUAGUACUGAAAUGGAACUUGCUGCUAGAGGAGUGAAAAAUCUAAAUUUUUAUGAUGUUGUUCUGGAUUUUAUAUUAAUGGAUUCCUUUGAAGAUUUAGAAAACCCACCCACAUCCAUACAGAAUGUAGUAAAUAACCGCUGGCUAAACUCCUCCUUCAAAGAAACUGCUGUGGCUUCAAGUUGUUGGUCAGUGCUGAAACAGAAAAGGCAACAGAUGAAGAUCCCAGAUGGAUUUUUUGCCCAUUUUUAUGCCAUUUGUGAGCAGAUCAGCCCUGUCCUCGCCUGGGGCUUUUUGGGUCCUCGAAAUUCUCUCUAUGAUUUAUGUUGCUUCUUUAAGAAUCAAGUUCUUUUCUUUCUCAAAGACAUUUUUGACUUCGAGAAGGUGCGCUAUUCCAGUAUAGAGACUUUGGCUGAAGACCUCAUGCAGUUACUUACUCGCCGCACCGAACUGUUAAUGGCCUAUCUUGGAGCUGAUGCACUGAGGCAUACAAGUAGCUGUCUAAGUAGUCAUGGUCAUGUUAUGUCCAGUGGCCUGUUGGAAGCCAAAGUACAAUAAGUACCAUAAAAACCAUACAAUUGGAGUGUGCUCUGAGAUAGUUCAGCUUCUUGUUGAGGUACCAUUGGCCUUGAAUGAUUCAUACACGUGUGUAUGCAUGCACACAUUCCCAUCAUUGUGUAGGCAAGACAGGUAUUGUUUAUAUUAAUUUUCUUGUGGGGGGGGCUAACUGUUUUAAGCUGUGGUUUUAUAAACAAAGCUGUAAGUAAACUUUUAAUUACUUUUUUUAUUUGAGGACGAUAUUAUUUGAAAUCUAUUUUGAAGAAUUGCACUAUUUAAUAAUGCUGCUACUACAUAAGAUAACUCUGGGGGAUUUGGUUCAUCAGAUAAGAUGAAUGGCUUUCCAGAAGGUGUUUUUUUUUUCUCUUUUUUCACUUCACCUUAAAAAAAAGUUGCCCAUAUUCAAGAGGCUGGUUUGUCAAAUUCAGUGUUUGAAUUUGAUUAGCUUCUGGUCAAUUACAUAGCUACUACUUCAGCAGAAUGCUUUCUUUGUGGCCUUUGACAAAAGAGACAAGAGUGGGGCACCUGGGUGGCUCUGUCCGUUAAGCGUCUGCCUUUGGCCUAGGUCAUGAUCCCAGGGUCCUGGGAUCGAGCCCUGCAUUGGGCUCCCUGCUCUGCGGGAAGCCUGCUUCUCCCUCUCCCACUCCCCCUGCUUGCGUUCCCUCUCUCACUGUAUCUCUCACUGUCAAAUAAUAAAUAAAAAUCUUUAAAAAAAACCAAAAAAACAAAAGAGACAAGAGUGACCAAAUAGAAUUUCAGGGUAAUAAGAAAAGAAAAAAAAAAAAAAACCCUCUCUAUUGUAAGGGAAGAAACUUGAACUUUUUAAAAGAAACAUCUCUUAAAAAUGGUUCUGACCACAGCAGAGUACUAAGGACAUAAGUACCAAUUUCAGUUUGCCUUGAAAUUGGGUUAAGCAACUAAAGCAGUGUUAUAAAUAAUAAAAAAUGAUUAAACUAGUCUAGAGUUUUUUAGGAAAAAACCCUGUUAGACACUCACGCUGGUACUGUCAGAAAACCACCUUUGCCACCACCAGUCCUACUACCGACCAUCUUCCUGUGUACGUGAUAAUCGGGGGGGCCUUGAAUUCAUCCUGAGAAAACGGUUUUUCCUCUUGUUUUCUGGAAGAAAAAAGAUCCGUGUUCAGGUGAUUUAUGUUUGGUAACUUUCUAUUUUGGUUUCUCCACGUUUUUGUUCAACUAAAAAGCUAGUAAUUCUUCAUUUAAGGCUUACAGUAUGUUUAUUAAAUGUCAAAAUGAGAUUUUUUUUAAAAAAAGAAGCCAAGUUUUUCAUACGGUUAUAGUCAGCUCCAAAAAACUUUCUCUCAUAAAAUAGUACUGUUUAUUUGCAUCCAUUUAUUUUUAUUCUAUUGUUAAAUUACCUGACUUUAUAAAAAAUAUUUACAUACUUUUUCUUGCCUUAAGAUGUAACAUUUUCACACCUGAAACUAAUGUAACAUUGUCAACUAUACUUCAAUUAAAAAAAAGAUGUCACAUUUUCUGCUUAAAUGAUUACCUAAAGAGUGCUUAUUUGCAUCACAAAAGAAUUUAGUUUAUUAUUCCUUUAAACCUAUGAAAUAGGAAUGCCAAAGUAACAUUUAAUAUACUUCUUCUCUGUGACCUUUCAUAAUCAGAAAUUUUAAAUUAUGUUCAUGACAAUUUGCUUUUAUUUUAAUGUGAACACAUAUUAGGAAAUUAUUUGGAAUAUACAUUUCAAAGUGAUUAUAAGAAUUAGGCUGAAUUCAAAUCUUUUGUUUUUUGCUUGGAUUAAUUACAUUUAGAAAUUUCUCUGUGAGACUCAAGAAUUUGUAUAAUCUGUGAUUAGUGGAAAUAGGGGCAUUCUUUCUUUGUUCCUAAUGAUUCUAUUAUGUUAUGUUUUGCUUAGUUUGGAACAACCAUGUAUUGUCCUUACUUGGCUGUUAUUAGUAAAUGUGUCUAUUUCCUAAAUGUAGGGACUGUACUUAAUAAUUUACAGGUGAAACACUACAGUAGCAGAAAAAAAAUAGCACUGGCUCUUUAGCUAAAAUAAGCACUGUAACAUGGAUGUAUUUCUCUUACUGCCAAAUAAA